AUGGGUUCCAGACUCCACGCCCAGCAGAUCAAGAAUGCGCCACCUCUCCCAUACCAGGACGAUAGCAGGGCCUUUACAAGGGAAUACGCAGCAUCUUUAGACGCCCACGACCCUCUGAGCAAGUUCCGAGACGAGUUUAUUAUUCCUUCAGCUAAGGACCUCAAAAGGAAGACGCUGGACCCUUCGCAGGCCUCCGAUGACCCCUCGGACGCCCGCUGCAUCUACCUUUGUGGAAACUCCUUGGGCGUUCAGCCCCGCAAUACUCGAAAGUAUAUCGAGUACUACUUGCGGACUUGGGCCAUAAAAGGCGUAACGGGGCAUUUCACUCAUCAUGACGAUGAGCUCGUCCCGCCAUUCGUCGAUGUCGACUCGGCAGGCGCGAAGCUCAUGGCUCCAAUUGUCGGAGCGUUGGAGAGUGAAGUGGCCGUCAUGGGUAGUCUGACUACAAACCUACACUUGUUGAUGGCUAGUUUCUAUCAGCCAACACAGGAACGGUACAAGAUUAUCAUUGAAGGGAAGGCGUUUCCGAGUGACCACUAUGCGGUUGAAUCGCAGAUUCGGCACCAUAAUUUCCAGCCAAAAGAUGCCAUGGUUCUUAUUGAACCUCGAAACGCUGAGCGUCCUAUUCUCGAAACCGAGCAUAUUCUUGCGGUUAUCGACGAGCAUGCCUCGAGCACGGCUCUUCUGCUUCUUUCUGCUAUUCAGUACUAUACUGGACAGUAUUUUGAUAUCGAAAAGAUUACUGCUCACGCUCAUUCCAAAGGCAUUGUGGUCGGCUGGGACUGUGCUCAUGCUGCGGGUAAUGUGGACUUGCAACUACAUGACUGGAACGUGGACUUUGCUGCGUGGUGCAAUUACAAGUAUCUUAACAGUGGUCCUGGUGGAAUGGCAGGCAUCUUCGUGCAUGAGAAACACGGCGAGGUGAAGACAAACACGGCGGAUGGAGAAUUGGAGGCAUUCCGGCCCCGGCUUUCUGGCUGGUGGGGAGGAGACAAAGCUACUCGGUUUUUGAUGGAUAACCGUUUCGUCCCCCAGAGCGGCGCCGCAGGCUAUCAACUAUCAAACCCUUCGGUCCUUGAUAUGAAUGCGGUUGUGGCGUCCUUGGAACUAUUCAACCGGACAACCAUGUCUGAGAUUCGCCAACGUUCCCUUCAGCUUACGGGAUACCUGGAACACCUUCUCCUACAAUACCCGCUCGAUGGACUUUCCGACAGGCCUUUCACUAUUAUCACACCCUCGAGCCCCUCAGAACGUGGUGCCCAGCUCAGUUUGCGUCUGACGCCGGGCCUCCUAGAUGGCGUAUUGGUGACACUGGAGGAACAUGCGGUAGUGAUCGACGAGAGGAAGCCGGAUGUCAUUAGGGUUGCACCCGCGCCCUUGUACAACACGUACGAGGAAGUGUGGCAGUUUUGUCACAUCUUCUUAGAAGCUUGCCGUACGGCGAUGCAAGCUAAGGCCUAG